GGGCAGUUGGGCAGGUCGCCUGCUCAGGUAGGACGGAACCUCAGGCGGUGGGUUGGGCACAAGCUGGGAUCAGGAGAGCAUCCAUUACAAACAACUCCUUCCCCAAUGGAUCUGGCUGCCUGCGAGGGAUCGGGAAAACAAAAAUGUGUGAAUUAUGCCACUUUUUAGGAACUUGACCAAGGUUGCCAAACAGGCACUACUAAGCAAUGGUUGUAGUUGCCAGAUUCCUGCUGUGACUUGCAGGCUGAUGAGCUGGAGCCCCAGACAAAUAAAUGCAGAUGCUAGCUUUCACUCGGUAUCUUUUACUGAAUCGGAUCACCCCCGUGUUCUUAUCACUGGUGGGUUAGGACAGCUUGGUGUAGGGCUUGCUAAAUUGCUAAGGAAACACUUUGGUAAAAACAAUGUAAUACUCUCUGACAUCAGAAAACCCCCAGAUCACGUGUUUCACAGUGGGCCAUUUAUAUAUUCUGAUAUUUUGGACUACAAGAAUCUACGUGAAAUUGUUGUCAAUAAUCGUAUUACAUGGCUGAUUCACUACAGUGCCUUGUUGAGUGCUGUCGGGGAAGCAAAUGUACCUCUGGCGCGCAGUGUCAAUAUAAUAGGUCUGCACAAUGUCUUGGAUAUUGCAGCUGAACAUAAUCUUCGCUUGUUUGUUCCCAGCACAAUUGGUGCAUUUGGACCAACGUCUCCCCGAAAUCCAACUCCUGAUCUCUGUGUACAGCGACCUAGGACUAUCUAUGGAGUCUCUAAGGUUCAUGCAGAGUUAAUGGGUGAGUACUACCACCACAAGUAUGGCCUGGACUUCCGAUGUUUGAGGUAUCCUGGCAUAAUUUCUGCAGACACCCAGCCUGGUGGGGGUACAACAGACUAUGCAGUUCAAAUUUUCCAUGAUGCUGUAAAAACAGGAAAAUUUGAAUGCUAUCUGAGGCCUGACACAAAGCUCCCCAUGAUGUACAUUGAUGACUGUCUGCGUGCAACACUGGAAAUCCUAGAAGCACCAGCAGAGCAGCUCAGAAUGAGAACCUAUAAUAUCAGUGCUAUGAGUUUUACUCCUGAAGAGCUGGUGGCUGAAGUCCAAAAGCACCUGUCUGACCUUAAGGUUACUUACAAAGUUGAUAAAGCUCGCCAGGAGAUUGCUGAUAGCUGGCCAAUGGAAUUUGAUGACCACAAUGCUCGGCAAGACUGGGGAUGGAAGCAUGAAUAUGAUCUUCCUGAGCUGGUGUUUACUAUGCUAAAUUUCAGCACAACUGACAGACAGCUGAUGCAAGCAAGUUAGAAAAGGAAGAGUGAAAAUUUUGAAGGACCAGAAUCUUCAAGGGGAUCCAAUGUACAUAGAACUUUCUGCGGUAGUUAAUUUGUAAAACUUUGAUCACUUUGUGUAAAUAAUCCUUCAUCUGUACUUGAACUGGCCUGACAGCUAUGAUUUGAUGUACAUCUCAUGGAAAGAAAAUUCAAGUAAUAAUUAGCGUUGAUAAACUGGCUUAACUGAUUCAAACUUCAUCAAGGCUGCUGAAGGCAUUGCUGAUGUGUUUGGUCUGCAGAUAGUGUUGCUACCAAAAGUCAGUCAAAAUUUAGGUCAAAAUCUUUUAUUUCAGGUUUUAUUUCUAAACUUUCAGAUGUUUGAUUUACCCUGGGGUAAGGUAUGUAUGGUGGGGGGAUAAGGGAAAGUGAAGAUUCACUCAAUCUUUAAAGAAAGUGUAAUUAGGAUCCUCAGUUUUAUUGUCCCAACAAAAAAUCCAUGUAGUUCAUGAAUUAAUCUUGAUCCAUCAAUAUUUUUGAUGCAGUUGAGCUGAGUCUCAUCAUUACUUUGGUUGCAGUUUAUUUAUUUCAUUCUGUUUAAGAUAUUAUGAAUUGUAUGCUGUUUCCAAAAAGUUAAGAUUUUUAAUAUUCAAAAUGAAUAUUGAUAUACAGAUUGGUAUUUGACAGAAUUAACAUUUAUAGAAUUUUUGAACUCGCUGUUGCUUAGAAUUAUACUCUCAUGCACUACAGUGAUGAAUGAUCAUCAUUGUAGAAAUAUAGGAGGUAGUGCACAUGCUUCUGAAUAUAUUUUGUGUUGAGGUUGUAAUUUUCUUGUCAUCGCAUUUCAUGAUCAGUUGUUUUUGCAAUGGCUUCUGAGAUGUCUUAGCAUGAACAUGCUUGAGUUUAGCCAAUGUUUUGUUUUUGCUCUAUUCUAAAGUAGUCAUGGAUAAAAUGAAGGUUGGAUACUCUUCUGUGGAUUCCAUUUCCAAACUUCAAAGGUGAUGCACAAGUUACUGUUGUCAACUUCAUUGCAAAAUGAUGCCUGGUUUUUAUUUUGCAAGAAAUAAGUAAUAUCUGUAUUAAAUUUCAUAUUGUAUUUUAAGUUUCAGGUUUUAUUGCAGUUCCUAUUUUGUGAACAUUUUUUUCUGCUUUAUAAACAUCUAGAAAAUAAAAGUGAUUUAAACCCUUGUGUUUAAAUUUCCAUUCACAAAA